AUGUCGAAGUUGCUGCUUCCAUCAAACUUUUCUACCUCGAACUUAGCAUGGGACACCGGGGUCCAAUGCCUAGAGUUGCUUGUAGUCGCUGGAUUACUUAUGGACUCGGUUGAUCUGAGCUGUCGUGAUGGGAGUUGGAUUAGGACUGCAAAUCAUCUUUCACAAAUACCCCUUCUACUAGAGUCAGAGGAUGUAAAAGAUGUUAAUCAAAUUCUAUCCGUUCUAUUUAUGUCAGUCUCUACCAAUUUCAGUGUGUUUAUUAAGCAAGUUGCUGAAGCCCAAGGGAAGGACGGGCAUGUUCAUUCAAGCAAAAGGAAGAGGAAAAGGCUUACUACCCAGGGCCAGUUAUUAAUGCAAUUACGGGAGACAGAAUUGCAUAAGCGAGUCAGCAAAUGGAUGGAUUCUAUGAAUUCUGAUAGCGGAUUUGUGACAAGUUCUGGCAAUCAGCAUGCUUUGCUUGAGAUUGCAGCAAAUGUGGCUUCGGAUGGGGUCAAGCAUUCAACAUUGAACCCUGGUUCUUCUGGUCGAUUACACUCUACAGAUUCAGCGGGUUCUUCAAAAGGCAAUUAUGAAAGUGUCUCUGUUGAAAUGAGUGAGCCAGUUACCUGCAGCAGAGAGCAAGGGCCUGGUAAAAUGAUCCAAACUAUGGAUCCAAGUCCAAGUGGCUGCAGUGUAAACAAUGGCCAUUUAAUUGGCAAUGAUGCUCUAACGAUGUUGUUGUUGGCCCUACCCUCUCAUAUGUGGUCUGGAAUUAAGGAACCAAACCUAUCUGCAGAGUUUAACAGCCUUGUAUCAAUUGGGAGUGUUCCUCACAUACUCAAGAAAGAGGUAACAGUUCUUCCUUUUCUUGUUUCUUACUUUCUUUGAUAUUAUAUCUCACUU